AUGUCCAUCCCAAACUCAUCCAACUAUUUCGAGUGCCCUGACAAGAUUCGCGAUGAAUUAGCUUGUAAAGUCUGUUGGCUUUGUAAUUCAUUCAACAGCCCCAAAGCUACUCCUGAGACCAACCCGAACAGGCUCAUGCACCCGCCUACAUCUACGCCACCCUCUUUACGAAGUCAAAAACGUUUGGGAUUGAAUCCGCAAGGCCAACUGAUGACCCACCGCCGGAAGUCCCACCUGGCCCAAGCACAACGCACGAUCAAGGCAGCAAUGCAAAACAAGAGGCGUUCUGAGUUUCGAGACCUUAGGGAGGCUUUGUAUCUCAUCUCAACUUACUCAGGUCCUUACUUACAGUCACCGGAUGAGAAAAAGAAGGCGGCUAGGUAUCUUCGUACGCAAAACCUUGGUGCAGAAUUUGUGAAGGAAUUGGAUGACAAUGUCCGGUGGGAAUGGCUCAACAGCCAGGUUGACCGCCAAUCUAUGCACACCCUAGUUUAA